AUGUCUGUUGCCGCCAUGGUCAAGAGUGCCGUGCCAAACCUUGCUAAUGUGCUCAUGCCCGAGACGUUUCUGAAGAAGCGCAAGUCGGAUGCCAAGGUUCGCGAGGAAAAGCAGUCGAAGGCUGCUGAGCUCCGUAAGGCCCGCAAGCAAAAGCGUCAGGUCAUCUUCAAGCGUGCUGAACAGUACGUGAAGGAGUACAAGGCCGCUGAGCGUGAGCAGAUCCGUCUGCGCCGUCUGGCCAAGUCGCAGGGCGACUUCUUUGUGCCGACCCAGCCUCGUGUUGCUUUUGUGAUCCGUCUGCGCGGUAUCAGCAACAUCCCUCCUAAGCCCCGCAAGAUCAUGCAGCUCUUGCGUCUCCGUCAAAUCAACAACGGUGUGUUUGUGAAGCUUACUGCUGCGACGCAGCAGAUGCUCCAGCUUAUCUCGCCAUACGUGACCUGGGGUGAGCCAAACCUCAAGUCGAUCCGCGAGCUCAUCUACAAGCGUGGUUUCGCCAAGAUUAACAAGCAGCGUAUUCCCAUCCAGGACAACGCCAUCAUUGAGGAGAGCUUGGGCAAGUAUGGUAUCAUCUCGGUCGAGGACCUCGUCCACGAGAUUGCCACGGUGGGCCCCAACUUCAAGGCUGCUAACGUGUUCUUGUGGCCAUUCAAGCUCUCGAGCCCGACGGGUGGCUUCCAGAAGAGGAAGUUCAACCACUACAUUGAGGGAGGUGAGUACGGCGAUCGUGAGUCGGACAUCAACCGCCUCAUUCGCCGUAUGAACUAA